AUGGAGCCGGUGCCGGAGCAAACGGGGUGUGCCGCGGAGCCUUGCGUGGAAGACCUCUUCUCAGAGGGGCCGUCUGGGGACGAGGGCGCCUUCUGGGACGCGGUCGACAAGGAUUGUGACGCGAGGGCGAAGCAGCAGGAAGCGCAAGCUCUGAUGCUGGUGUCGCAGAAGCUUCGAGAGGAUGCCCGUCGCACCCGCGAGGUUCGCGCCCAGCUUGGGCCCUCAACACCGCAGAAGGCCAAGCAGAGUCUGAUUUCAAGGUUCAUGGCGGACACGCCGAGCCCGCCGGCCGCGCAGGAGGGCACCCUUGAGGGCCGCAGAGGCCGCCGGGGGCCGAAGCACCCUUGCUACAUGAACGCGGAGGAGAGGGAGCAGGCGAUCAAGAAGAAGGCGAUCAGGCAGCAGGACGAGUCCUUGAGAAUCCAGGCGCUUGAGCUGGAGAGCCAAGCGAAGGCUGCCGAGGAGUUGAGCAACGAGGCCGCGGCGGUGGCAAGCCAGGCCAUCGCAAUCCUCGAGCCGCAUGACGUCGUCAGCGACUUGGCUGAGGCUUCGGAGGUUCUUCAGGUCAUUGCCCGCAGAGGGCGUGGCAGACCGCCGCACACGGCCGAGCAGAAGGCUGCGGCGAAGGAGAGGAAAGCCAAGGUGAAAGCGCAGAAGGGCAAACUCCAACCAGAGGACAGGGAGAGGAUGCAAACGCCGAGCGCCACGGCCAGGAGCAUGAUCGUUGAUCGCGUCGACGCCCUCUCGAAGGAGGUCGACAAUUACACCACCAACGAAUUCUGGUCGCUCGCUGAGGACCUCUGCGGGGUCCCCGCGAGCAUGCUGAAGCGGUUCGCGAAGCCCGAGGAGAGGGAGAAGCUUUCCCGCUACUUGGACGCCCGCGGUCCUGAGAGGGAGCGCCGUGGCAAACAACGCUGCUGGAAGAGGUUCAUCAGCACCGACACCGGGUGCCGCCUCUCGAAGGAUGGCGCCAAGAAGAAGACCUACGAGUCGCCCGUCAAGGACGUUUACGAUUACGUCAAAGCGUGGAAGGACAGGCAGGAGGAGAUCGGUUUCGAGCUGAACCAAGAGGACUUGGUCGACGAAUUCGAACUCGAGCUGGAGAGCAGGGUGUUCGACCUCAAGGAGAGCGGGGGGGGCGUCAAGCUCGUGUCGGAGAUGGAGAGGCGCCUCGCCAAGUUGGCAGCCCCAGGAAAUAGGAAAUACGCUCGGGCACGGCUGGGCAGCUGGCGCGGCGUGGUCGAGCACAAGCCCUCCAACGUGGUGCCGUUCACGGCGGCCGAGAACGACCUCAUCUGCAAGUUGUCGUACCAGGCAUGGGACUGGCUCGUCGAUCUGCUCAUGACCGCCACCGCGGACGAGCUGCAGGGCUUCGUCGCUGACGCCCAGGGGCUCGUGGAGAACAGGCGCCAGCUGGCCGUCAUCGCCCAGGACGCCUCCCCAGUCUACCUGGACUGCAGCACGGGGAAGGUCCUGGUCAGGACGUCGUUCCUGGACGAGCGCCAGAAGCGGCGGAGGCUGCGCCUCGCGGCCCAAAAGGACACUGACCCAAGCGCGCCGGUGCCGGAGAUCAUGUCGGUGGCGCAGCCGAGCGACGCCGUGGGCUCCAGCAGGAGGGAGAAGAACAGGUUGACUUUCUUCUUCCGCCAGGCGCUGGAAGGCCUGUGGGACCCAGACGUGGCGGUGCCGACGGGCAAGGUGCUCGACGGCGUCUUGCUCGCCGUCGCCUCGAAGCACUACCGUUUGGAGGACAUGUCUUUCUUCGAGCCGGCGCAGUGGUUGCGGGACCACUCGUUCUCGCUCGACGGGGUCAUGGUCAAGCGGGUGAAGGGCGAGGCAGUGGGGCCGCUGGGCUCCGAGUGGCGGGCAGCCAGGCGCCAUAACAAGGCUUUGUUCUACGCACCUGGCACCGAUUGGGGGCAGCCGCCUGACACGUGGCGCCCAGGGCACGUGAGGCUGUGGUGCGCCCCAAAGGCCACGGAAGACACGAUCAUCGCGUCCUUCCUCACGGACCUCUCGGUGGAGGAGGGGUACCAGUACUCCCUGAAGACUGUGGACUGUGUUGCCAGCGAGCAUUCUGAGAUCAUGGACUUGCACAAUUACAUGCACAACCAGGUAGUCCACACAGUCGGCAUGCGCCAAACCGCAAAAACACAGGUGACAGACGUGCGGGAGGCCGUGAUCGGCAAGGCCGGGGGCGAGAAAGUCAAACACCAGCGGAGGAGAUUGAAGAGACUUGCGGGUAACAUGUCAGGCCAGGCGUCCGACCUCACGUCCGACAAGGUCGACCUCAUGCACAUUGCCCAGGGCAUGCAGGUGGAGUGCCGACGGGACAACGCCGAGAACCAAGGCGUUCUGAAGGCGUUCCGCAUGGGGGGUUGGCUAGCGCACAAGCCAACCGAUCGCGGGCUGGUUCCCCUCGUGGGCCCCGCGUGGCGGCAAUUUCCAUUGGGGGGCUCCCGCCUCUCGAACAGCCUCAUGGCGGACAGGGUGAACUACGUGCCCGUGCACGGCAAGCCCGAGAAGCCCGAUUGGGGCCAGCUCCGGGCCCUCCGCGCCAGACAGCGGGCGGCAUACGUGCAGCAGAAGGGCCAGGGCAUCAGCGAGGACAGGAAGCAGGAGCUCCUGCUGGACGACGAGGAGAUCGACGGGUUCGUUUCCUACCUCGGCGGCUGGGGCCAGCGGCCCUUCGCGGAGCACGAGGAAGCCCUGGCGGCUGCGGCCAGCGACCCUUCGCUGGCCAAAGGCCCGUUACGGCCCUUCGAGCCGAUCAGCUUGGCCGGCUUGAUCAGCGCUGAAGCCUUGGCGGAGGAGGCGGCUUUCCAGUCGCUGCACCCCCGCGUGAAGCAGGCCAUCUUGGCUGGGGGCGCCAUUGCCAAGAUGCCCAAGGUGACGAAGAGCUUUCGGGGUCUCGCGGCCGAGAAGCGGGUCGAGAAGGCAAUGGCCAGGAAGACCCAGGCGGCAGAGAAGAAGGCCGAGUGGCGCGCUGCCAUCGACUCGCUCGGCAUCGAGGCCGCUCGCAAGCAGUUGUGCGUGCCCGCCGUCGCGACGAAGGCGGCGAAAAAGACGAAGGAGCAGGCCAAGACGAAGGGCAAGAAGGGCGGCGCGGGGAGCACCAAGCGGAGGCAGGCCAAGAAGGGCAAGCAGAAAGCCGCGGCGCGGAAGGGCGCCCGCGCCAAGGCAGCCGCCACUUUCGCAGGGAAUGUGGCGACGCUGGAGGCGAAGCUGAAGACGCUGCAGGCCCAGCUCCACGGGGCGGGGCAGGAGGCCGAGUCGCAGAAGCAGGAGGCCAAGCAGGGAGCCGAGGCGCUCGCCGCGCCGCCGGGGGAGCAGCCCGCGGCCGCCGCGGCGGCCGAGAGGAAGCGCUUGCGGGUGCACGCGGACAACCUCACAGUGCGAUCGCUGCAGCUCCAGGGCCUGCACCGCCAGCUGCAGGACCAGCAGCAGGAGCUGGACAACGCAAAUAAGCUUGGCCAGAAGGCCCUCGGCCAGGUCAAGCGGAAGGCCAACGCCGCCAUGCAGGCGGCCGAAAGAGCCCUUGCCAAGAAGCCCAGGACGGGCGAGGUGGGCGAGGGCGCAGGCAUUGGCGGCGCCGUGGGCUUGCCGCCCCCGCCGCCCCUGGCGCCGACGGCGCCGUCCGUCCCCAGCAGGCCCGCGGGCGACCCUGGCGCUGCGGGUUCGCCGCGCCCGCUGGCCGCGCCCGUGGCGGACUUGCUGGCCGCCGCCUCGCCCGCUCAGGCGGCGCCGUCCGCUGGCGACGCUGGCGAGCUUGGGGCCAACGACGAUUGGCUCGGCGUGGCCAGUGCGGCGGACUCGGCGCGCUCGCCGCCCCCGCCGCCCCCGCCCCCAGCUGGCUCGCCUGCCCCCGACGCGCCAGCUGCCUCUGCGCGCGCAGCGGGCGCGGCCGCCGCUUUGCCGACGGGGUGUGCGGGCGCCGCCCCGCUUCCUGCGGCCGCGUCCCGCCUCGAGCCGGGGUGCAGAGUGCAGGUCGACUGCGACGCGGUGUGGGCCAGCGACAGGGCCGCGGCCGCGCGGCUGACCAGCGGGCUCUGGGGCACAGUCGCAUCCGUGAAGGGUCCAUCGGCGUGGAUCCACCCAGGCGGCGACACGUCUGCCAACAAGAGACAGGUGCCCGUCAGCUGGUUGGUCCCCGCCCCGGACGAGCCGAGCAAACCGUUGCCCUGGAGGAAGAACGCGGGGUGGCUCGGCAAAGAGCAGCGCGAGGAGAUCAGGAAGGCGUGGCUCCCCGUGGACAUAGAAGUCCGCCGGGCCCCAGGCGCCCGCACCCUGCUGAGCGAAGCGGAGCUCGCCAUCGCGGCGGUGGAGAUCGGUUGGCGCCUGACGCCGCCCCGCUGCCUGGUGGCGCCACCGCACAUCACCACCCUCGUGGCGCACCACGUGCGCAACCACGAUGCGGCCCAUGACAGGUACGGCGAGGGCGAGGAGCUUGUUGCCGAACUCCGCCGGUACGCGGACCGCGCGCAUGUCCUGGCGAUGCCCAUCCUCGCCGGCAACCAUUGGGUGCUGCUCGUGGUCCAGCGCGCUGGCGCCGUCUCCGAAGGCGUCCCCGCCGCCGUCGAGGCCGAUACCAAGCUUGACGGGUAUGGUGUUGGGUGUGGAGCAUGCGGGGGCGCUGGGUGCAAGACGUGCUCGUACACUCACGCCGAGAGGUGGUUGGGCCGCCUGAGUAAGGUGUCCGAGUUCAUCACUCCAUGUACGUCCUUGGCGCCCCUCGAGCCAGCGACUUGGUGGAAUAUCCGCUAUUACGACUCGCUGCGUCAGCCGUCGAGGGCGCGCGCCGAUUGCGCCCAUGCCCUGCUCGACGCUUUGCAGCCCGUCGGUGUCCAGAACGUGCUGUCGGCGAAGGAGUUGGCGGCUUCGAGGGCGAACAAGGCCUUCCAGUCUGACGGCUCCUCCUGCGGAUGGUGGUGCCUCCACCACAUGGAGACCGAGUUCCGCAGGUUCGUGGGCGAGACGUCCGUCGCCUUCGACCUGCAGCGCAGGGUCGACUUGGCCUACCCGAUCGUGAGCAAGUUCCUGCCGUAG